AUGUACGAUAUAAGCUGUUCGAGGUGUGUGGACAAUGUUUACUGGUGUGACUGGUGUAUCACGGAGAACAAGUGUCAGUACAACACAGAGCAGUGUUCUGGGGAGAAAGUCAGCAGUCGAAGUGACAUUUAUGUACAAAACAACACAGAGUAUAUUGGUAAUGAAGGCAACAGAGGAAGGCAAUUUUGUCCCAUGGUGGAAAAAAUUCAGACGGGCCCUCUGUUUAUACCACAGGAUCAAUCGAAAACAAUCAUCAUCCAAGGAAGAAAUUUCCCUGAACCAGAUGAAUACAGUGGAAGAAUCUACCUACCAUCAUCUCUAACUCUGGAUGUGCCUGGAACAAGGAUAUCAGCCACACAAUUAACCUUUAAUAUCGAAAAGAUCAAUGUAGCUUUACCGAAUGGAAGGUUUGGUACAAUUAUGAUUGUUUUGUGGACCAAUCAAAAUUUUGUCAUUGAAAAUGAUGGACUUGAAGUGACUCUGUAUAGCUGUAGGGGACAGGCAAAAGGUGACUGUAGCUUCUGUAAGAAUCUGGAAGAAACUUAUCUAGACAUGAAGUGUAAAUGGUGUGGAGGACAGUGUGUCUACAAACAGCAAAGAUGUCCUCAGUCAUCGUGUCCAGGACCCAAUGUCACCAGUUUGACACCCAAUACAGGUCAUUUCUUGGGAGGUACUGUUGUCACAAUCACAGGGUCCAAUCUCGGAAUUAAAUUUGCCGAUAUUGAGAACAAUGUCACCAUAGCAGGCAUUGCUUGUAACACAACAGCAAGAAGGGAUGACUAUCUAGCAUCAAAAAGAAUCCGCUGUGUGACGGGGGGUAGGAGUGGAGGGGGAAGUGGUCCUAUCAAUAUACUGGGGGUCACGCUAAACAAAUGGAUCUAUUCGUAUAAGACUCCAAUGAUAACUGGAUUUCAACCUAAAUUUGCGGCGCAGUCUGGAGGCAGAAUUGUGCAUCUAAGGGGAGGUAACCUCAACAUUGGGAACGGCCCUAAAGUUACCAUUAACAAUGACACCUGCCUAGUUACAAGUAAAAACAUGUCUGUCAUUUCCUGCGUUGUCCCAGCUGGCAGUACUGGUGUUGCUAAUGUCUCGGUCAACAUUGAUAGUAACCCUGUGGAUACCACCACCAGUAAUUUCUCCUAUGUGGAGGACCCCACUGUACAGAAUAUUUAUCCAGUUCAUCUCUCCUCCUUUGAAAG